AUGGCGCUGCUCGGCUAUUCCCAGGGCAUCGUUGUGCAGCUCGUGGUCCGGCUCGCGCAGGACUGCGCCUCCGCGGGGGAUCUCGCGGCACGGCUCGUCGAUCUUGGCGGUUUCCCCUCCUCCCCAGACACUGUCGCCUUCGCGGAGGACGUCUACGGCAGAAUCCCCCGCAAACAGAGCGCGGCUGCCGGCGCCGAGUACCAGAGGCAGAUGCAGGAAGCGGCGGCGUUGGCGAAGAAGCAGAGCGAGUUCAAGUUACUCGCCGAUGACGACAGCGAGGCUGGCGUCGCCGCGUCGUCCUGUAAAAGCAGGAAGCGUUUUAGGAAGAAGGGGGUGCCCGUGCCCCAACAGGAUGACGAAGAAGCGGCCGCACUCUCCGAUUCUGGACGGGACCAGCGGCGGCGGCGGCGGUGCCCGGAAUCGGACGAGGACGAUCUCGGUGAUGAGGAAGAAGAGAUGAGGCGUGAUCAGGCUGAGAAGGCGCAGCUCGAACGGAAUAUCCAGGAACGCGAUGAGGCCAACACGAGGAAACUGAUGGAUCGGAAGCCGUCCAGGCACGAACAGGACGAGCAAGCUCGACGAUCCGAGGCGAUGGACAGGGGCGACACCUCGGAGCUCAGGCGGUCCUCUCGUCAAGCGUACCUGAAGAAGCGGAAGGAGAAGAAGAUGGGGGAGCUGCAGUGCGAGAUCGACGACAACGAGUUCCUCUUCGGCGGCGUAAGGCUGACGGACGCCGAGGAGAGGGAGUUGAAGCACAAGACCUUAUUGUCCAGGGCCUUCGUCAAGUCUACGGUGGCGAUGGCGGGCAUGGAGCAGGACGAAGAGACGGACGAACUGGCCGACGAAAUUGAUGCCAAGGUCACGCUGCAAAUGGAGCUCCAAUACGAGAGGAAGACUCUCCUGGUGUACAAGUUCAAGGACAAGCUGCUCAAGGCCAUCACCGAGCACCAGAUCAUCAUCAUGGUCAGAGAGACCAGCUCCAGCAAGACGAUGCAGAUACCACAGUAUCUUCAUGAGGCAGGGUACAUGGCCAAUGGCCUGAAGAUCACGUGCACCCAGCCGCGCCGCGUGGCUGCUAUGAGCGUGGCGGACUGCACGUCGGAGAAGACGGUUGUCAAGUACAUGACCGACGGGACGCUCUUGCGUGAGUUUCUCGGCGAGCCGGACCUGGCCAGCUAUGGUGUGGUGAUCGUGGAUGAGGCGCACGUGCGACGUCGCACGUUUUUGCCCGGACCUGAAGCUGUAAUCUCCAGCGUGACACUCAACGCGGAGAAGUUCAGCGACUACUUCGACAUGGCACCGGUGUUCAAGAUCCCUGGGAGGAGGUACAACAUGGACAUCCACUACAUGGUGGCGCCGAAAGCCGACUACGUUGACGCGGCCGUGGCCACGGUGCUGCAGCUGCAUGUGACGCAGCCCCCCGGCGACAUCCUGUUGUUCCUCACAGGGCAGGAGGAGAUCGAGACGGCCAAGAUCUUCGAGCCAGCGCCGCCGGGCGCUCGGAAGGUGGUGCUUGCAACCAACGUCGCCGAGACGUCGCUGACAAUCGACGGGAUCAGCUACGUGGUCGACUCGGGAUUCUGCAAGGUGAAGCUAUACUGCCCACGCACAGGGACGGAGUCGCUGCUCAUCCACCCCAUCUCCAAGGCGUUGGCCGACCAGCGGGCCCGCCGGUCGGGGCGCACUGGCCCGGGCAAGUGCUUCCGCCUCUUCACGGAGUACAGCUACAACAAUGACAUGGAGGACGAGACGGUUCCUGAGAUCCAGCGGAGCAACCUGGCUAGCGUGGUGCUCUCGCUCAAGGCGCUGGGGAUCAACGACCUGGUAAGCUUCGACUUCAUGGACCCGCCGGCGUCGGAGGCGCUGCUCAAGGCGCUCGAGGAUCUCUUCGCCCUCGGCGCGCUCAACUGUCGUGGCGAGCUGACCAAGACCGGGCGCCGGAUGGCGGAGCUCCCGCUCGACCCCAUGAUGGCCAAGGCGAUCGUGGCGUCGGAGUGGUACGGGUGCUCCGAGGAGGGACAAGGCGCUGAUCGCUUCAACGCGGGCAACGUCGGCGACCACAUCGCGCUGCUCAACGUGUACACCGAGUGGGAGCAGUCCGGGCACUCGGCGCAGUUGUGCCUCGAUCACUUCGUGCAGUCACGCAGCAUGCGGCGCACGCGGGACUUCCGGGAGCAGCUGGAGGCGCUGCUGGAGCGGGUGGAGAUCGAGCGCCGGUCAAGCGCCGGCGACCUCGACGCGGUGAGGAAGGCCAUCACGGCGGGUUUUUUCCGCAACACCGUUCAGCUGCGGUAG